AUGAUCUGGAGAAUGAUUAACUCUGGACAAAGUCCACAGCAGACGCUCGGGAGUCACGCUCAGGGGUCACGCUCAGGGGUCACGCUCAGGGGUCACGCUCAGGGGUCACGCUCAGGGGUCACGCUCGGGAGUCACGCUCGGGAGUCACGCUCUGGAGUCACGCUCGGGAGUCACGCUCGGGAGUCACGCUCGGGAGUCACGCUCGGGAGUCACGCUCGGGAGUCACGCUCGGGAGUCACGCUCUGGAGUCACGCUCAGGGGUCACGCUCGGGAGUCACGCUCAGGGGUCACGCUCAGGGGUCACGCUCAGGGGUCACGCUCAGGGGUCACGCUCAGGGGUCACGCUCAGGGGUCACGCUCUGGAGUCACGCUCUGGAGUCACGCUCUGGAGUCACGCUCUGGAGUCACGCUCAGGGGUCACGCUCAGGGGUCACGCUCAGGGGUCACGCUCAGGGGUCACGCUCGGGAGUCACGCUCGGGAGUCACGCUCGGGAGUCACGCUCAGGGGUCACGCUCAGGAGUCACGCUCGGGAGUCACGCUCAGGGGUCACGCUCAGGGGUCACGCUCGGGAGUCACGCUCAGGGGUCACGCUCAGGGGGUCACGCUCGGGAGUCAGGCUCUGGAGUCACGCUCGGGAGUCACGCUCGGGAGUCACGCUCAGGGGUCACGCUCAGGGGUCACGCUCAGGGGUCACGCUCGGGAGUCAGGCUCUGGAGUCAGGCUCGGGAGUCACGCUCGGGAGUCACGCUCGGGAGUCACGCUCAGGGGUCACGCUCAGGGGUCACGCUCGGGAGUCACGCUCAGGGGUCACGCUCAGGGGUCACGCUCGGGAGUCACGCUCGCAGCCACCUGCCACAGGACUGUAA